UGUUGUUCUCGGGACCUUUUCUGGUUUACUGCGACCAGAGUCGUGACUGAAGUACAUGGAAAGCGCGGGGAGAGGCGUCGUCCCCGCCGCGGAGGCAGCUGCGAGGCUCUCCCGUCUCCGCCCGGACGCCCGCCGCUCCCCGCCCGGCUCUUCCCGCCGGUCGUUGGCGGAGGCCGCGCCGAUGAAGCCGGCUCAGGGGCUUGUGGUUUUUACAGAUGUGGCCAUACACUUCUCCCGGGAGGAGUGGGGGCUCCUUGACGAGGCUCAGAGAAGCCUGUACCACAGUGUGAUGCUGGAGACCUUGGCACUUUUGUCAUCACUAGGUUGCUGGCACGGAGCCCAGGACGAGGAGGUCCCUUCAGAGCAAGGUGAUUCUGUAGGAGGGUCACAGGUCAGGACUCCAAAGCCAGGCCCACCCACCCAGAAGUCCCAGCCUUGGGAGCCCUGUAGCUUGCUCUGGAAAGACCUUUUGCGCUGGGCUGAGCAUGAUGGAACACGCCCUGAGCGAGGCCCGCGCACUUGUGGGGAAAAGCAUUUGCAGCACCAAAAGCAACAAAUGAGAGAGAAACUUUCCAGAAGCGGUGAGGGGAGGCCUCCGUUUGUGAAGAACUGCAGAGGUCACGUGACAGAGAUAAGCUUUACACACAGGGAUGGUGGGAACGCCAUCCCAGCCAGCUCAGGCCUUCUCCAGCCACAGGUUCUUCAUGUUGUAGGAAAGCCACACUGGGACACAGGAGGUGGAGAGGCCUUUCAGAAUGCGCAGAAUUAUUGUAAGUGCACCCAGUGUGGGAAAACCUUCAGCCGUAAACAUAUACUUGUGGACCGUGAGAAAAGCCCCAGCAGAAGAAAGCUUUAUGAGUACCGGGAAUGUGGGAGGGCCUUCCUCCGAAAGUCCCACCCCCGUCAGCACCUGAAGGGCCAUGACGAGGAUCGGCUUUAUGAGAACCCAGAAUGUGGAAGAUUCUUCACACAGAUACCUGGCCUCGGUGACCACCAGGGUAUUCGUAGCAGGCCAAGGCCUUUUGAGUGCAACCAAUGUGGGAAGGGUUUCCUUAGACUUUCCCAACUUGUUGGUCACCAGAAAAUCCACACGGGAGAAAGACCUUAUGGUUGUAGUGAAUGUGGAAAAUUUUUUAGGAAUCGCUCCACGCUCGUUAGACACCAAGUUCACACUGGUGAAAGGCCACAUGAGUGCAGCGAAUGUGGGAAAGCUUUCACCCGCAAACAUAAACUUGCUGAGCACCAGAAAAUCCACAGCGGCGAAAAGCCUUAUGAGUGCAGUGAAUGCGGGAAAGCCUUCAGCCGCAAAGACAAAGUCGUUGAACACCAGAAAAUCCACACUGAAGAGAGGCCUUAUAAGUGCGGUGAGUGUGGAAAAGCCUUCAGCUGCAAACAUAAACUUGCCGAGCACCAGAAAAUCCACACUGGAGUGAGGGCUUUUGAGUGCAGAGAAUGUGGAAAAUUCUUUAUGGACAGCUCCUCGCUCAUUAUUCAUCAGAGAGUUCACACUGGAGAAAGGCCUUAUGAGUGCAACCAAUGUGGGAAAUUCUUUAGGUACCUCUUCACAUUCAUUCGACACCAGAGAACGCACGCUGGAGAAAGGCCUUCAGUUGCAACUCCGCGCUCACUGGAUGUCUCGCUGCACAACGGAGAGUUCACACGGAUGUGA